UCAGUAUUGCUUCCGUUUAUUUUUAAUUGAGACGUCACUCGAUUUUUUUUGUUUUUAUAAUACUCGCAUCCCAGUUCUGCUUUGCUUUCCGCCGCUAAACCAUUCAAACAGUCGGGGAGUAACGCCACCGAGCUAACGGCUACUGUCAAUCCCAAUCCUGGCGGAGUGGAGCAGUAGCGCGGAAACCCUCCCACUCACUCACCCGCCCUCUUCUCCGAAGCUCGUGCGCGGUGACAGCAGGCGCGCUUACGUCAUAACAGGAAGUCAACGUCGUUACUAGCAAGCGACAAAGAAGAAAGAGUAGUUGAUAAACUCUGCUACAGUACAACUUCAGUAUUCAGGUUUGUCUACAAAGAGAUCUAAAGAUGUCGUCAGGUGCUCUCUUUCCAAGCUUGGUGAGCGGCUCGAGGGGAAGCUCCAGCAAGUACCUGGUGGAGUUUCGAGCUGGGAAAAUGACCUUGAAGGGUAACGUGGUGACACCGGACAAACGCAAGGGCUCGGUGUACAUCCAGCAGUCUGACGACUCCCUGAUUCACUUCUGCUGGAAGGACAGGACGUCUGCGAAUGUUGAUGAUGACCUGAUCAUCUUCCCUGAUGACUGUGAAUUCAAGAAGGUGAGCCAGUGCACCACCGGACGUGUGUUUGUGCUGAAGUUCAAGGCCGGAUCCAAGAGGCUGUUCUUCUGGAUGCAGGAGCCGAAGACCGACAAGGAUGACGAGUACUGUCGUAAGGUGAACGAAUACCUGAACAACCCUCCCAUUCCCGGAGCGGCAGGAAGCGGGGGAGGCAGCGGCCACGAACUCUCUGCACUCGGAGGAGAGGGAGGCCUGCAGAACCUGCUGGGAAAUAUGAGCCACAACCAGCUGAUGCAGCUGAUCGGACCAACAGGACUGGGAGGACUGGGUCUGGGAGCACUAGCAGGACCAGGACUUGCCAACUUGCUGGGCAGUGGAGGUCCAGCCACCAGCAGCUCCUCAUCCAGCUCUCGUAGCCAGUCAGCAGCCGCCACUCCUUCCUCAGGCGGAGCCCCCAGACUGAGCACCUCUCAGGCCCCCACCACCCCUGUGACUCCUGCUGCCUCAGCUGUCUCCCCUACUACUCCUCAGCUCAAGACCCCACUGGCCCCCGCCUCUGUUGGAAGCCCUUCCUCCCACCAGCCCAUCCAGCUCAGUGACCUUCAGAGCAUCCUCGCCACCAUGAACGUCCCAGCGGCGUCGGCUGCUCAGGGAGCAGCAGUGGACCUAGCGAGCGUUUGCACCCCGGAGAUGAUGGCUCCCAUCCUGACCAACGCUGAGGUCCAGCAGAGGCUCCUGCCCUUCCUCCCCAGCGGAGAAAGUUUACCGCAGAGCGCUGACGAGAUCAAGAACACGAUCAACUCCCCUCAGUUUCAACAGUCCAUGAGUAUGUUCAGCAGUGCCUUGGCCUCCGGGCAGCUCGGCCCUCUCAUGAGUCAGUUUGGUCUGCCGGCAGACGCUGUUGACGCCGCCAACAAAGGAGAUGUGGAGGCGUUUGCCAAAGCCAUGCAGGGCAGUAAAGGAGAAGAGAAGAAAGAGGACGACGAGGACAUGAGUCUGGAUUAGAGCUCACUGCCGAGACUUCACCCACCUUUAAUGUUGUCUUACACUCUUCUGUUCCGAAGCUGUCAACACAAGUUAGGCCAGUUUUUACUGUGACCAUCAUGUGAACAGUUUGAGCCUCAUCAGCUGCUCUGUUUGACUCUUCUUGUGAUUCACUCUUAAUAAAACAUCUUAUUGGCAAACUAAAGCAACUUA